AUGCCAUUGCGUGAAUCACGACGUGUUGCGUCAGCGCUGCCCGGUGCAGCGGCUCUGUUGAUCUCCGCAUGGUGUUGGACGGCCAUCCCAGCUGCGGCCAAAGUGCGGCGCAAUGCACCGAAGACAGGUCACUCUGGCCCGUUGCUGAUGGAUCGACCCGUCCGUGAGAACUGCUCCGUGACCGUCUUCUGGGACUUGGACAACCUCAUGCCCUGUAGCAACGUGUCGCUGCGCUCCUACUGCCGUGCGCUGGCACGGCGCUUCGUUGGACCGGCGCAGUUUCGUCUUUACGCCAACACGCGCACACGUGAGAGGCUGUACUUGGCUCAGGGCAGUGGCGCGGAACCCAGGUUCUGUUUCGAUGAUGCUCCAAAGAUUGAGUUCGACGGGACAGACAACAUACCAAGCAAUGCUGAUGACUUGCUGGGCAUUGUUCAGGGUCGCCCAAAUGCAUUGGCAGUGGCGGUGUCCAAGCGAGACCAGCAGAAGCUCCGCUCCUGGGCCAAGGCUGCGGGGCUCUUUCUGCACGUGCCAGGUGACAAAGAUCGAGCCGGCGACACGCAGCGACGGGUGCUCUACGAUUGGAGGUCCUACCUGGCGUCCUUCAACGCGCAGAUCACGGUGGUUCCGGCCACCUUUCAGAGCGCGGACCAGGCGAUUCACCACGCUGUGCUGAGAGAGAUCAACGAUCCCAAGCAUCGCGCCUCGCGUGGCGUGCUCUGCGUGAUCUCCAAUGACGUCGACUUUUUAGAGACGCUCAAAGCGGCGCGAAGAAACGGUUGGAAGACGGCAACUGUGUCUGGACGGCCUUGGAAAUCCUAUUGGAAGGUGUGUAGCUCCGAGAGCCGGCUGCGACAUGGUCGGUCCAUAGGAGUUGCCGUCUUCAUUGUCGUGACGCUGAUCCACUCCACCAUGAUUGCAGCGAAGAUGGGCUUCGAGAUCACGAGGCAUUUCCCAAAGAGCCGCGAUCUCUUCGUGAGCCAGAUGAGAGAGGAGAUCCACCUCUCCAAGCUGAAAUUCUCCGACUUCCAGCAUGGCCAUGGCAAUGUUUCCUGCACGCAGAUGCGCGUUGGCAGCGCCUCGGCUGCCGUAGGACGGCGCCACUUUGCUGCCGAAGCAGCGAAGGUGACCAACAAGGUCUUCUUCGACAUGUCGAUCGGCUCCGAAAAGGCAGGUCGCAUUGUGAUGGGCCUCUACGGCGAGACCGUGCCCAAGACGGCGGAGAACUUCCGCGCGUCCGGACGACGGCGGUUCACGGGGCUCUGCACGGGUGAGAAAGGUUUUGGUUUCAAGGGCUCUUCCUUUCAUAGGGUCAUCAAGGACUUUAUGAUUCAAGGAGGAGAUUUCACAAGAGGAAACGGCACUGGUGGCAAGUCCAUCUAUGGCACGAAGUUUCCAGAUGAGAACUUUAAGCUCAAGCACACUGGGCCUGGAGUGUUAUCCAUGGCCAAUGCUGGACCCAACACGAACGGCAGCCAGUUCUUCAUCUGCACGGUGCCCACGCCCCAUUUGGACGGCAAGCAUGUGGUCUUUGGAAGCGUGGUCGAAGGUAUGGAUGUGGUGAAGAAGAUCGAGGCCCAGAACAGCACUCCACCAAAGAAGGCGUGUGUCAUCGAGGACAGCAAGGUGAUAACAGGGGCCCUGGGGAUUCAAGAUGAUUCAAGCAAUCAAUAA